GGAGCUCUGCUCCGUAACUUGUUACCCACAAAUGAACCAAAUUCUUUUUUAGCCAUCCGAAACACUUCCUUACCCUUCAUAUCUAACAAAUUAGCUCAUUAUCUGGGCUGCAGCCAAACGUUUUUCCCUCUCGGCGCAAAGAUCCCGUCUUUUUGACAGAAUUUUACUCACGGAACCAGAACGAAACAGGAGAUGCCCAUGGCGCCAAAGAGACCACGCGACAACGCUGAUGACGUUGAAAAUGGCCAGCACAAAAAGAGAAAAGGUUUUUCCGUUGGGCCCGCGAAUCUACCCGAUGGCACAUAUCGAAGAAAAGUCCAAAAAAUCAAAUCAGAGCUCAUCCACAAGGCCAAAAUCAAAAAGUCCUACGCAAAGAUAAAAGCCCAGGAGCUCGUGGCUACGCAGUCGAAGUCAGUUUAUGAUAAUGACGAAUCUACCAAUGCGAACAGAGAUUUCGAAGAACCAAGCGAAAAGCCAGCACCGGCGUCCCUAGAGCUGCAUCCCGACCGUCAGGCGAGGUUGGAUGCCCCCGAGGAGGAUCCUGAUUACCUACCGGCCAAGAAAAGCAUAAGAGAGACGCCACGGCGCAGAGAGCGGCGACCAAAACCUUCGCCGUUCACCAAAGAGAUGCAGAUUGCCCAGAAAAGAAAGGAAGAAAUUGAGGCACGAAGGAAGCUAAAAGAUGCAAAGGAGAGAGAACGACAAGCUAUGAUGAGAGCGAAGAGACCAGAUCAAUUUGGAAAACAGCGGCUCGGACGACAAAGCAAAGUCCUGUUGGAGAAGGUGAAGAGAAUAGUCGCGGAGCCCUAGACGAGUAUUGGGGGGGGGGGGGGGGGGGGGGGGUGUUACCAUUUCUCAAAUGAGGUCGAAUCCCAUGUCCUUCAAGGAGGACUCGAGGGCGUUUGAGUCCUAAAAGAUUUUGACAGGUCGACUAGGCCAGUAUGUUCCUUGCUACGAAAUAGGGGUUGGAGAUGGCCCUUUCUCGGAGUCAUUGGCUAGAGGAAUAUUGACCGCUGUCUGGGAUUUUGGCUUAUGUCCUUGGAGGAGAAGAAACAAGUCGACGCAUACAUUACCAUGAGACCACGAGCGGUGAAGAAUCCACGGCGCGAUUCCCAAAUAUUAUGAUUACUCGAGCGGAUAUCUAUUUGGGACCUGGUGGUUAAAUUUAUAAAUCUCAUGCUGUGCCGUUAUGAUGGGAGAAGAAAAGGGGGUCCACUCGUUCACACAGCUCGCGUAUGUUACACUAGUAGAAUUCAGUCAUGUCAAGUCUCA